GGGACAGCAAAAUUCUGUCCCUUCGUUUUGAAACGGUUCCAGACGGGCGGAAAGGUUCCUCUCUCGUCACAGCACCUCGUAAGGAUUCCCGCCAGUGCCUCCUAUCCCAAAAUGCCCUCCUCCUCAUCUCAAGUGCUUUGAGGGCCGCGCCCAUGAUGGUGUCUUGCCAAUGGCCGACUCGCUGACUGCAGUGUCACGGUAAGCCAGCCAUGGCACACAACGAAAUCUGUCCCUCGACACGCGAUGGCGAUUGACGGAGGGCAUGACUGUUGGGGAGCUGAAGGAGAAACUGCGCGAGGGUGAUGUUGCAGCUAAGGACAGACGUCAUGACCAUGAUCACGGAGUCCAUGUUCAAGUUGCUUCCCGUCCAUCACAGCGACCUAGGAAAUACUGUGUGUCCCACGCGUGUGUCUGCGUCAGGUGUUGGGUGAUCUGGUCUUUCCCCUGUGGACCGAGGCCCUCCAAUGGGGUACGCCUUCAAUGAUAACACACACUGCCAAAUAUGGACAGCUGGCUGUAGGAAUGGCUGACGGUUCUUCUCUGUGUCUCUUCAUUGUGUGCUCUCAGCUGUUUGGAAUUCCGUCGAGAAUUGGAGACACAAGAUUCGGCGGUUCCAGACGGACGGAAAGUUUCCUCUCGCCACAGCACCUCGUAAGGAUUCCCGCCAGUGCUUCCCGUCCCAAAAUGCCCUCCUCCUUUAUUUCAGUGCUUUGAGGGCCGCGCCCUCCUCCCGUCCUUAAGCUUGGCCGACUCGCUGACCGUAGUGUCACGGUAA